CGUGUAUAAUGUGAUUUAAUAUUGUUGUGGAGCAAACUUAUUUGGUUUCGAUUUAACAUUGUUGAUGUACAAUCUUAUUAUUUGACUGAAUUAUUCUACUAAAUUUGUCAUCAUCUUGUGUUUAAAGAAAACUGAAUUUAAAGAGAAAUUUGACGAAAUAAAAGUGUUUGAACCAAUUACAAAAAAAAAAAAUAAACAAAAAUGGAAGGUUUUGACGAUGCUGCCGUCUUUUUUUCGGACAAUUUUAAUCCAGAUAACGAGCAAAAUGGAACUCAAAUCAAUGCACAAGCGGUUAAAAAGAAGUUCAAGGAUUUCAUUCGAACUUUUAACGAAGACAAUUUCCACUACAAAUAUCGUGAUGCAUUGAAGCGAAACUAUUUGUUGGGCCGUUACUAUUUGGAAGUUGAAAUGGAAGAUUUGGCCGGUUUUGAUGAGAUGUUAUCGGAUAAAAUGUACAAACAACCGACGGAAAAUUUGCAAAUUUUCGAGGAGGCUGCCCGUGAAGUGGCCGAUGAAAUCACAUCGCCACGGCCAGAAGGUGAAGAAGACGUGCAAGACAUUCAAAUUUUACUACAAUCAAACGGCAAUCCAACCAAUAUUCGGGACUUGAAGUCGGAAAGUGUUUCGCGGUUGGUAAAAGUGGCUGGUAUUAUCAUUGCCGCAUCAGGUAUCAAAGCCAAAGCAACCACAAUGUCAAUUCAGUGCCGUUCAUGUAACGAAGUCAUACCAAAUUUGAAAGUGAAUCCAGGUUUGGAAGGAUAUUCUUUGCCCAGAAAAUGCACAACUGAACAAGCCGGUCGUCCGCCAUGCUCGUUGGAUCCAUUCUUCAUCAUGCCCGACAAAUGUAAAUGUGUUGAUUUUCAAGUGUUAAAACUGCAAGAACUUCCCGAUUUCAUUCCACAGGGUGAAAUACCGCGUCACAUGCAAUUGUUUUUGGAUCGCAGCCUCUGCGAACGAGUUGUACCCGGAAACCGAGUUUUAAUUCACGGUAUUUAUUCGAUUCGUAAAGUUGGCAAACCCGGUAGAGGUGAUAGCCGUGAAAAGGCAAUUGUUGGUGUUCGAGCGCCAUACAUGCGUGUGGUUGGUAUAACCGUUGAUUCAGAAGGUACUGGUGCUAUUUCACGUUAUACAAAUAUAACAACCGAAGAAGAGGAGAGAUUCCGUCGUCUUGCUGCCCAUCCUGAUAUCUACGAACGAUUGGCAAAGAGUCUUGCGCCCAGCAUUUUCGGUUCGUUUGACAUUAAAAAGGCAAUUGUAUCUUUGUUAUUCGGUGGUUCACGCAAACGAAUGCCCGAUGGUUUGACACGGCGUGGUGAUAUCAACGUUUUGCUAUUGGGUGAUCCUGGUACCGCCAAGUCACAGCUGUUGAAAUUCGUCGAAAAAGUGGCACCAAUUGCCGUUUACACCUCUGGAAAAGGUUCAAGCGCAGCUGGUUUAACAGCAUCUGUUAUGCGAGAUCCGGCCACUCGUAACUUUGUAAUGGAAGGUGGUGCCAUGGUUUUGGCUGAUGGUGGUGUUGUCUGUAUUGAUGAGUUUGAUAAAAUGAAAGAAGAUGAUCGUGUGGCCAUCCACGAGGCCAUGGAACAACAAACCAUUUCAAUUGCUAAAGCUGGUAUUACAACGACAUUGAAUACACGUUGUUCGGUGUUGGCUGCGGCCAAUUCAAUUUUCGGCCGUUGGGACGAUACAAAAGGUGAAGAGAAUAUUGACUUUAUGCCAACGAUUUUGUCACGUUUCGAUAUGAUCUUUAUCGUCAAGGAUGUUCAUGAUGAAAAACGAGAUACGAAUUUGGCCCGUCACAUCAUCAAUGUUCAUCUAAAUGCAAACAAAGUAACAAAUGAAGUUCAAGAGGGCGAAAUCGAUUUGACGACAUUCAAGAAAUUCAUUCAUUUUUGUCGUACCACUUGUGGGCCACGUUUGAGCGCUGAAGCUGGUGAAAAAUUGAAAAGUCGUUAUGUUUUAAUGCGCACCGGUACACAUGAACAUGAAAAAGCAACCGACAAACGUUUGGCCAUUCCAAUAACGGUGCGUCAAUUGGAGGCAAUUAUUCGUAUCUCUGAAUCAUUGGCCAAAAUGCAAUUGCAACCAUUUGCCACUGAUUCGCAUGUUAAUGAGGCGUUGCGAUUGUUCCAAGUGUCCACAUUGGAUGCGGCAUCAACAGGUAGUUUGGCUGGUGCUGAGGGAUUCACAACCGAAGAAGAUCAUGAAAUACUCAAUCGCAUUGAAAAACAACUGAAACGUCGAUUUGCUAUCGGUUCACAAGUUUCAGAGAAGAAUAUCAUCGAUGAUUUUGUUCGUCAAAAGUAUUCGGAGCGUGCAGUGCAAAAGGUGAUCUUCAUGAUGAUCAGACGUGGCGAAGUACAACAUCGAAUGCAACGCAAAAUGUUAUAUCGACUUAGCUAAACCGCAUCGAUUUGAUUUAUCAUAACAAUUCCAUUCUAUAUAUUUUGUUUUCAUGAUUUUUUCUACGACGUUUUCAUUUUUGUUACUUUUUAAAUCCCACACAUUAUUUGUUCGGUAUUAAAAGAAAUUUUGUGUUUUCCUUAGCUUGUACGAUUAUUUCAGUUUCAUUUUAAUAUUUAAAUUAUCAAAAUAAACGGCCAUCUUUUUCCAGUUGAACC